GCGUUUUGAAGGAGAAGAAGAAGCGCAGAAGAGGACUGCCGUGGAAUAACAGGAACAUCUCAUCUGUGUGUCCGUUUUUGCAAGAAGCCAUCGAAGCUCUCUUACCGUGUUGAAGGCGGAGCCUUGGCUUUCAGUGCGAGAAUUACUCCUGGAAAAUGUGCAGUCAUCCCGAACACCCUCGCCUCUUCCGUCUGAUUCAUCACUCUCUUCGUCCUUACACUCAACUGGAAGUAGUUCCGGAUUCCAAAGAGAAUGAGAAAAAUAUUCUAAUUGCGCUCUCCCAGGUGUUGAAGCAGAUUCAGCUCUGGACGGAUGAACUUGUUUCUGAUUCUGAAGAUGGAAUGGUGUUGAAACCUGCGUGUAACGGCAAUGUUCUUGUUGCCAUUUCCAAGUUUGUUACUGAAAAUGGAAGCAAAUUGGGUGAAUUGAUUUGUUUGUUGUGCAUUUCUAUGGAAAGGGCCAUCUCUAACACUCUUUCAGAUUCUUCAACACCUUCAACAAUUGGAGCUGAAGUUUUAGGUAGUGAUUCGUCCAAUUGUAUUAUUAUCUUAAACUCAAGACUAAAAAAUUCAAGUUGGUUGACAGCAGCUGGUGUAGUUCAAGUUCUACGUAAUAUAUUGAAGUCUUUGAAGCAAGAGGAUGAUGAUCAAUAUUUGAAAACAUACUUAAACUCUCUCACUUCUUGCCUUUCAAGCACAUGUUGGGAUUUGCUGAAUAUUCCUAUUGACUUGAAUGGUGCGGCUGAGAGAGUCUACAAGGCGGAUGCUUUACAUCCCACAAAUAUUGGGCAACAGGAAUCAGUAAUUGUAUUUCUAGGAAAUCUUGUUCAAUUAUUUUGUUCCUUGGUUGAGCAGAGUGGUCUGAUAGUAGCCGCAUGUGGUUCUCAAGAAGAGAAUUUUGUUCUUUGUAAAAUCAUCAGCUUAGUUCCCAAACUUUUAUAUUGGUGCCUUGGCAAGCAAGGGGGUUUGAACAACAGUUGCAUCUCUCAGUACUUUAGACACAAAAUAUUGAUGAUUAUUAUCAGGCUUAGUUUCCAAGUUUCUCUGGAGCAUUGCGUUCUUACUUUAUGGUUGCAACUUCUGCAUAAAUACUUUCAAGAUAUUUUAUGGCAACCCUUGAUGCUAUCUGAGUCUAGAUGGAAUGAUUGCCUUGAAGGCUCUCCAUUUUUAUUGAGUAUGUCAGAUGGAGUACAUCGCGUGCUUUCCCGCCAUUUACAACGACAGGCUGUCUUCAUUUUCCUGAAGUGUUCAUUUAGUUUGAUCAACAUGAAACAAGGAAUUAAUGAGCAAUGUACGUGUGCAACUCAAAAUUUAUGUUUAGGUAGCGAUCUCUACAGAAACCUAGAGUGCUGCAGUAGAAAGAAAGGGCUGCUAGAGCUUUAUGAGUGGCUUCGAGUGCAUCUUCCUACUGAUAUGUUUGUGGAUUACGAAAUGUAUGUGGAGAAAUGCAUAACCUUUGCCUUUUCAUUCCUCCAGCUAUAUAUGCAUGAGGAUGGUAUCUUGUUUGAAGUGCUUUUACAACUGCUUACUGUGCCACGUCGUGCUGUGCAAUGGGUUUGCAAAGAAAGGGAGAAAUUUAAGGAGGUGAAGAAAGACAUACUUUUUCAUGUAUCAAAUCUUUUUAAUCCUGUGCACCUGUUCCAUCUCUUACUUGCAGAGUUACACUAUGAUCACCUGGUGCUUCUUGACUACCUUAUUUCAAAAGAUACGGGAACCAGUUGUGCUGAAUACCUUUUACGGUGCUUGCGUGCAAUUUGUGAUUCAUGGCACAUAUUUGUCGAAUUUCCUCCAUCUAUGGAAUUUUUAGAUCAAUCGCAGUACAAAAAAACAAGAGUCUGUUGGGAUGGCCUGAGUACACAGCUGGAACCAUCAUCUGCGCAAAUAAGAGGUGUUGUAACUCCUGUUUCACCUGAAGAGAAAUGCGCAAGAGAUUAUAAAUAUGGUAGCAAAAACUGUGGAACUAGAGGACAGCCAUUUGAGGAAGCCAGGGAUUGUUUACUUAUGUUGAAAAAUUCUAUGGAAAAUCUUCAGCAGAAGAAUUUGUUUCCUUAUAAUCCAGGAGUACUUCUGAGACGUUUAACAAGAUUCCAGGAGCUCUGCCUUAAGCAAGAAAACUAUUAACUUGUAAGGUGUAGUGGUUCCAUUAGAAAUUCAAGCGUAGCGUCCCUUGUCAAUCAGCACUAUGUUUCUCUCUAGAAAUGCUUUCUGGAUUCCAUAUUUUUUCUUUUACGUGAAAGGUUUUUUCUUCACUGCCGCUUGGAAGAUGCAUGAAAGAAUGAAGCUUUAUCGAAGUGGUGAAACAAAAAUCUGAUCUCUGGGUAAAAUUGCAAUUCCAGAGAUCUGAAGAGGUUAAAAUUGUAGAUGAAGGAACAACAGGAUUGUUGGUGGUGGAUGGUGCUUGUUGUCUGGUGCAAUUGUUGCAGCAGGUAGCUCCAAGCAAAGAAACUUGAUCGAUUUAAGAUCUUUACUAUAGCAGUCCCUAUUUUUAGAUUGACUGAUACUGGUCAUGUCCAUAACUCUCUGGUAAGGCAUUUGAUUCCAGUAGGCCCCUAACUGAACCUUUUUCCUUGUCGAAAAUAAACAUCAGACUGGCUGACUGGUUAUGACACUGACAAGGAAUUGAAACUGAUUUGGAGGGAUAUUCAUGCCAUGUCCUUGAGAAGGAAGUGAUUGUGUUCCAGGCAUGAAACAAGCUGAUUUGAAGUGGAAGGGAAGAUUCCGUAGGGGUUCUUCCUGCUUCAGGACAAAAGGAAAAGUCAUCUCAUGCAGAAAAUUUGCCAUAUAGAUGAAAGCAGGGAAGACAAGUAUAUGAUUGAACUUGACAUAAAACUGACAUGUGGACCCAAAAUUAGCCACAAAGUUUGGCCAAUGCGAGGCUAGAUUCUCAGCCUUCAGCUGCAUUUAGGAUCACAAGACUUUUGAGUCUCGAAUGAUUAUAAAAUCAACUGCUUUAUUGCUAGUUCAAAUGUGGAGGGAGCCUGCUGGAGAUGGAGAAAAGGGAGGAGAAGCAUUUUGUGUUGGUUCACGGAGCUUGCCAUGGGGCAUGGUGUUGGUACAAGGUGGCAACGCUGCUGAGAGCGGCAGGUCACCGAGUCACGGCUUUGGACAUGGCUGCUUCUGGGGUGCAUCCAAAGAGACUGGACCAGCUCCGGUUGGUGUCGGACCACUAUGAGCCGUUGAGGGAAUUGUUGGACUCCCUCCCAGUCCUGCCGGAGGAGAGGGUGAUUCUGGUGGGUCACAGCAAGGGCGGGGCCACUAUUUCUGUUGCCAUGGAGAGGUUCCCUCAGAAAAUUGCUGUUGCAGUUUUUGUUGCCGCUAUUAUGCCCGGUCCCAGCCUCACUGUUCAUACACUUAAUGAAGAGGUUCUCUCUCUCUCUCUCUCUCUCUCUCUCUCUCUCUCUCUCAAUUAUUGAUUUUGAAUAUGAAAUAUUUUAAAAGACUCCAUAUUUGUUAGGUCGAUUUAUAUAAUUGAUUUUUGUGGGUAUGUCUUGAAUUCCUUUUCUUUGAUCUCCAAGUUUAAUCAUACAUGAUUUCAUGCAAACAAAUUUCCGUUUGGAAGUAUAUUGAUCUGUCAAAUUUUGAUUU